CGCCGAAAAUCCCUGUCACGACGAUCGCUUUCGAGCUAUCGUCGCCGUGGCGAGGAUUUUCAUAAAGUAGUUCCGAUUGCUCGCUACAGACUCUCGGUCGUCCACUUGGAUAACUCCGUAAUUCAGCAAGCUCGCGGCGGGGUAGUAAACCCUGGUAAAAUAGUACAGGUGAACCGCACAGAGGACAUAAGUCUGGGUUCCGUCAACAAGCGCGAAGUGAACAACACAGUGCCCCUUGAUUCACGAACGUUUCUUAAAUUAGUUUCUUUUGCCUUCUUAAAAUCUUUGUUCAUAGUGUGUGUGAGUGUGUUUAGGAGUGUCGGCGGAAGAAUUGUUUCCGCCAGUAAUCGAGUCUGCAAUCCUCUUUAUUGAGGAUUUGAAGCGCCGGUGCUUGGAGAAGAAAGAGGUCCGAUCGCUGAAUCGGCGGUUCGAAGCCUUAGACGGCUUCGAUGUCUGGUGCAUCCGGUGGCUGUUCGAAGACCGCCUGGGGACCGUUCAUCCGAAGGACGAUCGGGAUCAUCUGGCAUGGAUGGAUCCCCGCGGCAUUUAGGCCGCAUAUGAUUAAGAGUAGAAUGAGGGCGAAAGUCUGGAAGGGGAUUUUGUUGUUUUUACGCCCUUUCCUUUUAUUUGGGUUGAUAUAGUGAAGGUUUUUACGGACCUUUCUUCUCUUAAUGGGAAGGAAGGAAUAAAUUUACGAAACGGCAAACUUAUAAAGCUAACAUCGAAGGCUCGAGACGACUUAGAAAGCCUCAAACGCAAUAAAAGAAUUAUUCGACAUCCACGAUAUGAAACAAUUUUCGGCGGAGAGAAUUGACUAAAGCAUGGACCAAACUCAUUUCGAAUGAAAUAACACCCGCUGAGUUCCUCGACGUAACUGCUAGUCUGAAAGGUCAUAUAGAUCAACGACUUAUGCGACUUCCGGAAGGAAUCCUUGAGGACGAUGCGCACUUAGAGGAAGGUUCUAACGCUAUUACACCAGCAGAUCCAGAUUACGACGAGAUACCCGCAGGGAUCGACAAUGGAGCUGAGGCUGCUUUCAAUCGUGAACCGGAUGUGGAUCUCAUCGAUUCAUCAUCUUCCAGUGAGCCCGAGAUCGAUGACGGUAUGGCGCACGGAGUCCUGAAUGCUCCCCAAGCAGCUGGGGAACAUGUAAUAGACGAAUUACUCCGACCAUAUUCGCCUCCCUUACCAAGGCCUGCAAUCGGUAUAAAUAACGAACCAGAUGUGAUUGUCGUCAGCUCUUCGUCUUCCUCAGAGUCUGAAAUGUACGACGAUCGUGAUAACGAUGAAUUGAAUCCAGUACUCGAAGCUCCCCAAGCUGCUGGGGAUAAUUCAUUGGUUAGAGCAUUACAGCCACAUAUACCUCCCGUUAACCUGCCAGAGCCUCCAGCCAGGAUAAGUAAUGUCUCGAAAUCUCGGAAGAAAAAUCUUCGUAGGAAGAGAAAACGGCGGAUUGAGGCUCAAAUAGAAAAUCUUCCAGCGAAACCGUAUGGGCACAAAAGACGUUCAAAAAAGAAAAAGAAGAAUACACAAGUACCAAAAUGCAUAGUGUGUCUGGAGAACCCGGUGACCCACGGAUUCGUUCCGUGCGGUCAUAAUUGCAGCUGUCUGCGAUGUGCAACGAUCCUGGGUCAGAGAGCAAUAAAAAGAUGCCCGAAAUGUAGGGCUGACUUCACCCAGUUCAUUGCCAUAUAUAAUGAAAUGGCAUAGGGGCUGAGUUGAUAUAUUUUUAAUUUGAAUAAAUUCGAUUCGAAGAAAUGGGUGAUUCUGAUUAAUUUUUAACCUUUCUUGAUAAAUGUGAGUGGUGUAUUUAUGAGUUUAUAUAUCUGUAGAGUCUCGGAACAUUUUUUUACCAGUGAUUCCAUUCAAAAAAAAAUUUUUUUUUUCAACUUAGUUUAUU